AUGAAGGAUCUAGGGAAGCUAAAGUAUUUCCUUGGCAUUGAGUUCUCAAGGUCUCAAAAGGGUAUCUUAAUGUAUCAAACGAAAUAUGCCCUAGAAUUGGUGUCUGAACUUGGCUUAGCAGGAGGAAAACCAGCCUAUACACCUCUUGAGUUCAAUCAAAAACUUACCUCUGUUGAGUUUGAUCAAAUAGUGAAAAACAGUGACUCUGAAGAUGUGCAACUUGAAGAGAAGGGAAAUUAUCAAAGACUAGUUGGGAGGCUCCUGUACCUAAAAAUGACAAGACCAGAUAUAGCCUUUGUUGUUCAAGUACUCAGUCAGUAUAUGCAUGCACCUAAGACCUCUCACAUGGAAGCUGCAAAGAGAGUAGUGAGAUAUAUCAAGUCUACACCUGGACUUGGUCUGUUCAUGCCAACAGGAAGGUGUAACAACCUAAUAGCCUAUUGUGAUCCAGAUUGGGGAGCUUAUGUUGAGUCUAGGAGGUCAAUCACAGGGUAUGUGGUUAAAUUUGGAGAUGCACUGAUUUCUUGGAAGUCAAAGAAACAAGGGACAGUAUCUAGAAGCUCAGCUGAAGUAGAGUUCAGAAGCAUGACAACUACAGUAGCUGAAAUUGUGUGGUUGGUUGGACUUUUCAAAGAGUUAGGAGUGGACAUUUCUCUGCCUGUGCCUCUAAACUAUGACAGCAAGGCAGCAAUCCAAAUUGCUGCACAUCCUAUAUUUCAUGAAUGA